AUGUACGGGCUGCUGCUGGAGAACCUGUCCGAAUACGUGAAGGCUGUCUACGGUGAGGACAAGUGGGAUGACAUCCGCCGACAGACGGGCAUAUCGUCGCCCUCGUUCAGCGUCCACGAUGACUACGACGAGAAUCUGCUCAACGUGUUGGCGACGAAAGCGCAAGAAAUUCUUGGAAUUUCGGAGCGUGACUUUAUGGACCAGAUGGGCGUGUACUUCGUCAACUUCGUCAGCCAGUACGGGUACGAUCGGGUACUGUCCGUGUUGGGACGCCACAUGCGCGACUUUCUGAAUGGGCUGGAUAAUUUGCACGAAUAUCUCAAAUUCUCCUAUCCGCUGAUGCGUGCGCCAAGCUUCAUCUGCGAGAACGAAACGCGCCACGGACUGACGCUGCACUAUCGGACCAAGCGCAAGGGGUUCGUUUACUACACAAUGGGACAAAUUAGGGAGGUGGCACGUCAUUUCUACCAUAAAGAUAUGCAAAUCGAGCUGGUCAAAUCGGAUCUGCUCGGCGAAACAAAUCAUUACACGUUCCAGCUGACGUUCGACAACCGGGCGUUCUCGUUGGCCACCCUGGCGAUGACGCGGGAAGAGAAGCACCUGCCCAUUAGCGCCUCGGUACUGUUCGAGAUAUUCCCCUUCUGCAUCGUCUUUGGAUCGGAUAUGGUAGUCCGUAGUAUAGGCAACUCGUUGAUGGUCAUUCUGCCCGAUUUGCUGUCGAAAAAGAUUACCGAUUGGUUCGAGCUGAGACGUCCACUGAUAGCAUUUAAAUUCCAAACGAUACUCAACCGCACGAAUAAUAUAUUCGAGCUAGUUACGGUGCAGUCGGUUAAAAAGCGGCCCGAAAACCAGCGGAAAACAGAACUCGUUCUUUCGGAGGAUGAACCAGAGGAGGAGGUUGAAAGGCGCCUGCGACUUAAGGGUCAGAUGAUCUACAUGGAGAACUGGUACAUGAUCAUGUUUCUGGGGACCCCGGUCAUGCCCAAACUGACAUCCCUUAUCAGUACCGGCCUGUACAUCAACGAUCUGUCCAUGCACGACUUUAGCCGUGAUCUCAUGCUAGCCGGAACGCAGCAAUCAGUCGAACUAAAGUUGGCCCUCGAUCAGGAGCAGCAAAAGUCGAAAAAGCUCGAAGAAUCGAUGCGCAAACUGGACGAAGAGAUGCGCCGGACAGAUGAGCUGCUUUAUCAGAUGAUCCCGAAACAGGUCGCCGAUCGGUUACGGCGUGGUGAGAACCCAAUCGAUACCUGCGAGAUGUUUAACAGUGUCUCGAUACUGUUCUCGGACGUCGUCACAUUUACCGAGAUCUGUUCCCGCAUCACACCGAUGGAGGUCGUUUCCAUGCUGAACGCAAUGUACUCCAUCUUCGAUACGCUUACCGAGCGGAACAGCGUGUACAAGGUCGAAACGAUCGGAGAUGCGUACAUGGUGGUUUCAGGUGCUCCUGCCAAAGAGCAAAACCAUGCUGAAAAAGUCUGUGAUAUGGCCUUGGAUAUGAUCGAGGCAAUAACGGAUUUGAAGGAUCCCUCCACAGGUUCUCAUCUUCGUAUACGAGUGGGUGUUCACUCUGGUGCAGUGGUAGCGGGUAUCGUCGGUUUGAAGAUGCCAAGAUACUGCUUGUUCGGUGACUCAGUCAAUACCGCCUCCCGCAUGGAGUCAACGAGCCAGGCGAUGCGAAUACACAUAUCGGAGUCCACCAAGAAUCUGCUCUCGUCCAACUAUCGCGUCAGCGAGCGGGGAGAGAUCGACGUCAAGGGGAAAGGCACGAUGAAGACGUACUGGUUGGACUAUCGUGAAAAUCGUCCCCCGCUGCAGCUGUUGGACGAGGACCUCAAGAGCCCAUCGAUCGAGUACAUCGAAACGAACAAGGACCGGCGCGUUAGCAUUCCGUCGUACAAUUUCGUACAGCAGCCCCACAAGCAAUCGCUCGGAGGUCUUAGUUCGGCGGGACUGGAAGAUCGGCGCGUAUACUCACCGGUAACGUUCGAAGAUGUUGCGCGUCGCAGUAUAGCCAACUCGCCGGUGAAGUUGCACGCGUUCGGACCACGAGGCCGGGAAAAUCGGUCCAACUCAACGGGUCAUGCGUUCAUGCACAGCGUGUCGGAUGUGUUCGGUUCGCUGGUGAAUGAUACGGAGGAGUUUCUGGAAGAUCUGCAGCAUAGGAAUUCGCUUAGCAACACACUUUACUCACCAUCCACAACAUCGCCCUGUCCAUUUAGUCCACCGGCUCACCAGUUUCGCACCAAAUCGAAAUCUUGUUAUCAAGCGCAGUUUAUGGAUAAGGAUCACGAACUGCUAUCCGGUGCUAGUAAUGCGUUACUGCAAGAAGCACCGAAAAAACCUAAAGGCAUCCUGGCGAAAUCCCAAACCGUCGAACAUGCAGCCGUCGCUUCGUACGAACAGAAGGCGAAAGUGCGCAAAGCCAAGCUGGAUGCGGUGAAGCAUCAGCAAACCAAGGCACUGGAAAAACUCGACCAGAUGGUGCAGGAAAUCUACGACGCCGAUCUGCCCGGCAUGUGUUUCGUCAAUCCGCCCGGUUCACGGUCGGAUGGCAACAUCUGUCAGUCGAACAAUUGCACCCUCGGUAGCAGUAGGUCCGUAGUGGACGAGCGCACUAGCGACACCGCUUCCACAACCUGUCACGCACUCUAUACACUCAAUCUUUACUUUCCCGUUUCAUGUCCACCCGCGUGUUCGUGUGCACCCGACGGCAGCCGGCCGCAAGCGGUCCCAUCGCAUUCCGGUGCGGUACCGGGCCCGUCCACCGGCCCGGUGCCCGUCUGCGAACAGCACGCCCAUCUGCCCCCGAGACACUGUCACGGGUGUGAACCGGUUGCCGGACCCGGUCCCGGCCCGGGAAAGGUUCCACAGAGCAUGAGCUUUUCGCAUCCGAAAGAGCACAAAUGCUGCCCGGCGGCGUACGCCACGCACCACCAGAACGGUCGCCACAAAGUGCACUCGAACGCCUGUCACAUACUCUAG